AACAAGGAAACCCCGGGCAUGUGGCCGGUCAGUUUCGAUUGAAAGAUUCCUUCACACAGCCCUGAUCGACGAUUCACAACCACAUUCCUCCCUUGUCUCUGCUCUUUCACUCGACUGUGGGUGAAACCUCCGACAUAUUAUGCGUAUCACGGUCUCCUUCAGUCUUUUGGUUUGGCUCUUCCACCUGAUCGUCCUUUGCACUGCCCAGCAAUCUCAAACCAAGUCUUCAUCAUUGUUGAACACUGCUAAACGUCUAUUCCAAGUGGCCCUUGGACAAACCCCAGUCGAAGAUUUGUUAGCUCGUGAUGAGGCCGACAGAGCGGCUGGCGUGACUCGUAUCACGAGGAAUAACUAUGAGAAGUUAUUGACGGAUGGUGAAUGGGUGAUUUUGGUUCAUGGAAAAGACCCAUUGUCACCUCGUUUCUUAGAGAUGCACACAAACGCUUCUUUGGCUUCUCAAGAAUUAUCACUCGGUAUUAAAUGGGGUCGAGUGGAUUUGAUAGAAGAAACUUACAUUUCCAUGCGAUGGCUUCUUUUCAGACCACCUUAUCUCGUUUUCAUUUCUAAUUCCGGUCAUGAUCUUCGAUUUUUAUCUCCACGACAUGUACACCCUGAAGGUGAUAGAUUAUCGGAGUUUGUGGAGAAAGAACAAUGGAAAGAUUUACCAAUAUGGAACAGUAGGUAUGGACCUGAUGGUGAUCGAGCUUGGAUCGUAGACUGGUAUCUCAUCAUAACGACGAGAGUCUCUAAAAUCAUCGACUCCAUACCUCCGGUUUUCUGGGUCUUCAUCGUUAGCAUAGUGGCCGAUCUGACCAUGCGGUGGCUACAUGCUCGACCACGUACAACGACGAACACCAGAAGUACUCCACAACAUCAUGACUCAUCAAACUCUCCGACUUCAUCUGGAGUACCACUCUCGAAGACAUAAACAUCAUCUGCACAAAUAGGAAUAUCCACAUCAUGCA